AUGGCAGAUGCGGCUGUUUCUGAUCACAAUGACUUUAACACCCCCUCUGCUCCCUCCAGUCCCGGCCAGAAGCGAAAGCGCACUGCGCCAGACUCUUCCCCGGAUUUACGACGUGCCAAGCGUGUCGUGCCUACUUCAGCCAUAUCCGGCACCCCAGAUGCUGCCUACGUCGAGUCCGCUGUAGAAGCUGCACAGGCUGCUGCCCAAGCUCAAGCCCAAGCUGCAACAGACGCCGAUUUUACGGCUCUACAGCAGGCUGCCGCUGAACAUCAUGAUAUUUCUGACCAUGCCAGUGCGUCAAGCACUGCCGCCGCCGCUCUCGGCUCAAUGUAUCCAACUAUUCAUGUCCCUCAGUCCACAGAAGAGACAUUUGCGGCACAAGUCGAGGAGGCAGAGCAUCAUCAUGAGUCAUCCUUUGACCACACCAGCAUGUUACAUCCCGAUGGCCUUCCUGAUACGUCUGUAAAUGGUCUUGGGUCGCAAACGCCACAGAAUGGUAUGAGGCAUGCUCAGGUACCAUAUUCAGGCUCUUCGUCCAAACCGACCGUGGGUUCAGAAGAGUGGCAUAAAAUGCGAAAGGAUAACCAUAAAGAAGUGGAGCGUCGCCGUCGUGAGACUAUCAACGAGGGCAUCAAUGAACUUGCGAAGAUUGUGCCUGGGUGUGAGAAGAACAAGGGUUCGAUCCUGCAGCGCGCAGUCAUUUUCAUCACCCAGCUGAAAGAGAAUGAGGCGCAAAAUAUUGAGAAGUGGACAUUGGAGAAGCUACUGACUGAGCAAGCUAUUCAAGAGCUCAGUGCUUCUAACGACAAACUGAAGCAGGAGUGUGAAAGAGCUUACCGAGAGCUAUCGAUAUGGAAGCAAGUGGCCCAGAACGCUGGACUCCAGCCACCUCAAGCGAAAGACGAAUCCUCAUCCUCUUCGUGA